CUUCAAGGCUAGGUGCCAUAUGCCGCUCGUUAUAUGCCAGUUAUCAAGCAGAGCCAGCUCCUGAUCAAGGAAGCAAUGUGUUUCUGUGAGGGACAUUGAACAAAAGGGGCGAGGGAAAGUUGAACAAGCCUCUACCAUCGUAAGUAGGGAGUUUGACACUCGUCAGACCCUGACAGUGGAGUGCUCGACGGGCCGAUUGAAGACGUCGCCAGAUCUUGCCAGGCCUUCGCAAUCCCCAAAUGUGGGGCAUUGACAGGGUCUGACGAGUGUCAAACUCCCUACUUACGAUGGUAGUGAGAGCGAUUGGUGAAUUGGCCAAUCGACGCUCGCUUACCGAUAAGUGACAGGGCCCAGCUUAUCUAAUCGCUGAACGCGGGGGAGGGGUAGCAAAUUUCCCCAGGUUUGACUUUUAUUUGCUCGCUCGAGGAGGGCAGCAUGCUGGGCAGAGACAGGCCGCUUCUAUGUGACGCGUGACGCGGUGUGAAAAUGUCCUCUCUCCGAAUCCUGCUCAUCGGCAACGGCGGCCGAGAACACGCCCUCGCGUGGAAGCUCGUGCAGUCGCCACAUGUGGAGUCCAUCAUCGCCGUGCCGGGCAACGGCGGCACUGCUGGCCUUCCCAAGGUGACCAACGACACCUCUGUGGCCGCCGACGACUACCCCGGUCUCGUUGAGCUUGCCAGAAGGAAUAGGGUCAAUCUGGUUGUUCCUGGUCCCGAAGCACCUCUCGUCGAUGGCGUGGAAGGCUACUUUCGCGAGGCCGGUAUCCCCGUCUUCGGUCCAUCCAAGGAGGCGGCGCGCAUGGAGGGCAGCAAGACCUUUUCCAAGGACUUCAUGAAAAAGCACAACAUCCCCACGGCUGCAUACGAGAACUUUUCGGACUACGAAAAGGCGAGCCAGUAUUUGAAGACGGUCAAGCACAAUGUAGUCAUCAAGGCCACCGGCUUGGCAGCAGGAAAGGGUGUUAUAAUCCCUCAGACGCACGAGGAAGCUCAGCAGGCGCUCAAGGAGAUCAUGCAGGACAAAGCUUUUGGCUCUGCUGGUGAUGAGGUUGUAAUUGAAGAGUUCCUGGUUGGCGACGAGCUGAGCAUCUUGUCCUUCUGCGAUGGAACAACUAUCAAAUCCUUGCCACCGGCUCAGGACCACAAGCGAAUCGGUGAGGGCGACACCGGGCUCAACACAGGCGGCAUGGGAUGCUAUGCCCCGACGAAGCUCGCCACACCGGAGCUGAUUGCGCGUAUCGAGCGUGAGAUUCUUCAGCCCACCAUCGACGGCAUGCGCAAGGACGGGUUCCCCUUUCGUGGCUGCCUCUUCACGGGUUUGAUGAUCGCACCCGACGGCACGCCCAAAGUGCUGGAGUACAACGUGCGCUUCGGCGAUCCGGAGACCCAAACAGUGCUCCCCUUACUCGAGUCGGACCUGGCAAAGAUCAUGUAUGCAUGCGCCGGGCCCGUCCCGUACCUUGAAGAUAUCCCGGUCAAGGUCUCGUCCAAAUUCAGCACCACCGUGGUUGUUGCCGCCCCCGGCUACCCCGAGUCCUACCCGAAGAACAUCCCGAUGCAGGUGGCCGCUUCGCCCCAGGACGUCACGAUCUUCCAUGCCGGAACAAAGCUCUCGGGCGUUUCAUUGCUGAGCUCGGGCGGCCGAGUCAUUGCCGCCAACGCAGUCGGGGAUUCACUCCGAGCGGCAGUUGACAAGGCCUACGAGGGCGUCAAGCUAAUCAACUUCGAAGGCAUGUACUACCGCAAGGACAUCGCCCACCGUGCCUUCCGCAAAGCCGACGCCUCGAGCAAGCUCACCUACGCCCAGUCCGGCGUGAGCAUCGACGCGGGCAACGAACUCGUCGAGCGCAUCAAAGCAGCCGUAGCCACCACACGCCGGCCAGGCGCAGACGCCGUGAUCGGGGGCUUCGGCGGCGAGGUCGACCUCUCCGCCGCCGGCCAUCCCGGCGCGCCCAUUAUCGUCGGCGCCAUCGACGGCGUCGGCACCAAGCUCAUCAUCGCCCAGAAGAUGAACAAGCACGACACGGUUGGCAUCGAUCUCGUCGCCAUGAACGUCAACGACUUAGUCGUCCAGGGUGCCGAACCAUUCAUGUUCCUCGACUACUACGGCUGCAGCCACCUCGACGUGUCAGUUGCCACCUCGUUCGUCGAGGGCGUCGCGAAGGGGUGCAUCCAGGCCGGCUGCGCUCUCGUAGGCGGCGAGACGGCUGAGAUGCCCGACCUGUACUCGGGCGACGACUACGAUGCCGCCGGCGCCGCCAUCGGCGUCAUGCGCGCCAGUCAGCGCCUUCCACGGAAAGACGCCAUGCUCGAGGGUGACGUCCUCAUCGGUAUGGCCUCAUCGGGGGUCCACUCCAACGGUUUCUCCCUCGUCCGCAAGAUCGUCAAGACCCGCGGCCUGGAGUACACCGACCCGGCGCCUUGGGACGACUCGGGAGUCUCUCUCGGCCACGCCCUCCUCACCCCAACCAGGAUCUAUGUCAAGCCCCUGCUGGCCGUCCUCGCUGACUCGGCCACGGGGCCGGCCGUCAAGGGAAUGGCCCACAUCACCGGCGGCGGGCUUACCGAGAAUGUACCCCGCAUGCUGCCCCGCCAUCUCGCGGCCGAGAUUGAUGUUGCCUCAUGGGAGGUUCCCCCGGUCUUCAAGUGGCUCGCCCAGUCAGUAGAGCCCGCCGAGAUGGCCAGGGCGUUCAAUAACGGCAUUGGCAUGGUGCUGGCUGUCGCGGCUGAGGCGGCAGACCAGGUGGUGCAGAGGCUGGAGGAGCAGGGGGAGAGGGUUUACCGGAUUGGGAGGCUCGUCAAGAGGCAGCCGGAUGGGGAAGGGUGUGUUUUGAAAAAUUUAGGACGCUGGGCGGCGUAAGUCAGGGUCUUUGGGGAGUUCAUAUCCCUGUAUGUAUCAGAGAAUUAGGGAAAGACGCUGGUUUCUGUUGGUAAACACGGUGUCAUAUGACAAGUAGACAAGCUGCAGCGAAGAGAAAAGAGUGAUGUACGAGCAAAAGCAACCGGGGCUGUGGGCGGAUGGGUGGAUAGAAAUAAAGAGGCCAUAGCAUCUCCGACUUCU